CACUCCACGCAUGCGCAGUAGCAGCGUACACUCCGCCAUUGAGGGACCCACGGACGGGAGGAAAGGGUCAGAGAGGCGCUUCGACAGGCAGCAGCUGCACGUUUCUCCAGUCUUUCAAACCUCAACUUCAGCGUGAGCCACCGUUUUUAAACACUUGACCGACACUCUCUUGUCUUGUCCCCCCCGCCGCGGGUGAUUUCGGUUGACAGCCGUGUGUUUAUCGUCGCCGCAGAGGAACGCGUUUUUCUUUUUUUCACCGGAUCGCAGAAGUAACGGGCAGCGGAGAACCUCAGCUAGCAGGCUAGGCUAACGUUAGCUUAGCGACCUGGCUAGCUGCACACGAGCUGAGCGCUGCUCGGUGGCGGUGGUGGGGUGGGGGGGGCGGUGUGCCUACAGUGUCGUUUGAUGGAUCCGAGAAUCUCCUGGUUUCAACCAGAACAACGUGGACCAGCUAACAACCUGUGGGUGCAGAUUUGGGAGACGACACAAGGCUUCGGCUACUUGCAUGUAAAUAACGGCUACACCACUGGAUCUCUGAGCACGUCGAGCCUGAAGGCGACCGUCAACGGAGCGCCGGGAGCCGUCCUCAGCAGCAGAAACGGGGACUCAAACACCGGUGGCGGUGAAGCUAGGACUCAGGGGAUGUCGACCUCGAUGGGGAAUGGAGAGGUGCCGGAACAGCGGGACUUUAUACCACUGGAAACUAAUAGCAACCACAACAACCGAGCCGCUGGUAGGAGCGCUGUCGGUGGAGGGGGCCACCACCACCAGCAGCAGCAGCAGCAGCAGCAGCAGCAGGGCAGCGGGGUCGCUGUGCUUUGGAGGGGGCUGACAGAUGGACACCCCAACAAAAGGAAAAGAGACAACAAAGCUAGCACUUUCGGAUUCAAUUCCAGCCUCUUGAACAGUGGCAGCGGCCCCAACACAGGAGGCUAUGGUGGUUACACGGGGACGCCAUGGAAAGUCAAGAACUACUCAGAAGGAAUUGUUGGGUUACACGAGGAGGUCAGCGACUUCUAUGAGUACAUCUCCCCACGGCCGGAGGAGGAGAAGAUGAGACUGGAGGUGGUGGACAGAAUCAAGGGAGUCAUCCACGACCUGUGGCCCAGUGCUGAGGUCCAAGUGUUUGGGAGUUUCAGCACUGGUCUUUAUCUGCCAACAAGUGACAUUGACCUGGUAGUUUUUGGGAAGUGGGAGACACUCCCACUGUGGACGCUGGAAGAGGCUCUCCGGAAGAGGAACAUUGCAGAUGAGAACUCCAUCAAAGUCUUGGACAAGGCCACAGUUCCCAUCAUCAAACUGACUGACUCGUUCACUGAGGUCAAAGUGGACAUCAGCUUCAACGUGAAGAGUGGCGUUAAAGCCGCACGGCUCAUCAAGGAGUUCAAAGAGAAAUACCCUGUGCUGCCUUACCUGGUCCUGGUGCUGAAGCAGUUCCUACUGCAGAGGGACCUCAAUGAGGUUUUCACUGGUGGAAUUGGCUCCUACAGUCUCUUUCUCAUGGCUGUCAGCUUCCUGCAGCUUCACUACAGGGAAGAUGUAUGCAGUCCCAACAUCAACAUCGGUGUUCUGCUCAUUGAAUUCUUUGAGCUCUAUGGUCGCCAGUUCAACUACCUGAAGACGGGUAUCAGGAUAAAGGAUGGUGGUUGCUAUGUUGCCAAAGAUGAGGUUCAGAAGAACAUGAUGGAUGGCUACAGGCCCUCUGUGCUCUAUAUUGAGGACCCACUGCAGCCAGACAAUGAUGUUGGCCGGAGUUCAUACGGUGUCAUGCAGGUGAAGCAGGCAUUUGACUACGCCUAUGUGGUGCUCAGCCAUGCUGUGUCACCCAUUGCCAAGUACUAUCCCAACAAUGAGACAGAGAGCGUACUUGGCCGAAUAAUCCGAGUAACGCAGGAAGUGGAUGAAUACAGGGAAUGGAUCCGAAAGAACUGGGGAAACCCGUCUCAGAAUGAACUGCCACUCAACAGAAAUGACGUCACACUGUUUGAGUCUCAGCAGCUCGAUGAGUGCAACAACAACGUUCCCGAUGACGAUGACUAUGUUGUUGUAGUUCUACCAUCGGCUCCCCACAGCAAAACCUCCUCCAACUCCUCCUCUCCAUCUCCUUCACUGCGCUCCUCUCCCUCCUCCUCUCCACUGUCGCCUUCUUCCACAUCCUCAACCUCCAGCUCCAGCGAUGCGGACUCUGACGGCACGCCGUGUAAGACAGCCAAGCAGCAGCCUGGCCGAGGUUCCAGCGCCCACAGAGAAAAGUCUGCUGUCGUCAGUAAUCACAGAACACAGAGCCACAAUACCAGCACUCCCUCUGGAAGCAACAAGGGAGGAAAGGCCAGGAUGUCUCGUUCUCACCAGAAGAGCGGCCACCACGGGCAGCAAAGCUCCUCCUCCAGCACUAAAAGUCAUCAGAGCAACAAGCCACACCACCAGGGCAACAGCAAGAAGAGGAAAAAUGUGCGAGACUCUACACAAGAAGACCUCUGCAGAUAGGGGUGCCUGUCCUGCCCGUGCCCUCAUCUCCAUCCCAGUCCUUGUCUGCAACUGACUGACUGUCCUGUCCCACUUCUGCUGCCAGACUCCAGCCUCGGGAGGUUGUUAGAAGUAUUAAAAACAUCUACAGUAUCUGUCUUUCUGUCAAGCUUUUCGGGGUGACAAGCAAAGAUUUCUAGCAGGAAAGAAAAAGAAGAAAAGAAAAAAAAAAAAAAGAAUCGUUAUAGGACAUGGGUUUUAAUUUCUUGGACCUGAACUGAAAUCACAAAGGAUAAAUGCUCAUUUGCUUCCCAACAGCUUCUUUUACGGAGCGUUUUCCUAACCCACAGCCAGCACCUACACAACAUGCCUCUUGCACCUCCUGCUGUACAGGAAUAGACAGGUCAGGUGUCUGGAAUCUACUGUGGAGCAAUACCUGGAACUGCUGGCUGGAAAAUAGGAUAAAAACAUUUUAUCCCCCCCCCCAAAAAAAAAAAACAAGAAAAAAAAAGCAAAUGGCUUAAAAUGUACAAAAAGAAAAAUGUUACGUUGAACAACGAACGUGUACACAGAUUUUUUUAAGACGGUAACUUACAAAUGCAAUCAGUAAGAGUGGGACAAAACUUAUGCAUGACAUUUUUUCGUUGGUUGAUUUUUCUGUUGGUUUAAUCUGUUUUGUUAUGUCUAAAACAGGUUAUACAAAGAUUUGUACAAAAAAAAAUGCAUAAGCAAAAAAAGGUAAAAAAAAAAAAAAAAAUACAAGUAAAAUGAAAAUGUUUCAUAUUACCUUUUUACAAGAUAUACCGAUUGAAGACAUGUAAACAUGCACAUCUUGUGCCCACAGCUUUUUGGCCAAAGCCGAGAGCUGGUUUGGGUCCCAUUGCCAACAUAAAUCAUCAGCAUCUACUUUUACUCCUGGUUGCUCUCUGUGAGUGUGCUACAGUGUUAACAUUUAGCCUUUAGUGAGCCACUGCUCACAUACAGCCCUAUAAAUGGCUGGAUGGAGCCUGCUCUCUCACCCAGCUCAAUAGCACAGCCACACCAGUGUAGAGGCUUUAAGACUACAGGUUUAAAUUAAUAAGGGGUGAUAAAUUGUUUUAUUGAGAAAUCCUACACUUGAAGAAAAAAAAAAAUGUGUUAACAAUACAACUGUGGGUGAUAAUCUGUUCCUUUGGUAAUCUACCCACAACAAAAUCAUUUGUAUUUGUUAAAUGUAUUUAUUUUUAAUAAUUAUAUGAAUAUAGUAUGGAUAAAUGUAUUAUUAACAGUAGAGCCCAUAUAUUUGAGUCCUAUAUUUGAAAUAGGAUAAGUUGUGGGGAGGUGGGGUGGGAAACAUAUAUUCAGAGCAAAAUACCACGUUUAUUAUUUCAUUGUUUUUUUUGUUUUGUUUUGUUUUUUUUUUCAGUUGAGUGACCAAGUUACUUUGGAAAGUUUGAGAGACCGUUUUGCAAGUUCUCGGUGAGAAUUUUGUUUUAAUAUGUGGCUGGUCUACUUACUUUAAAAGGGAGAUGAUUUUUAUUUUAUUUUAUAAACUAUCAUAGCAACACACUCUUCAAUAUGUCAAUCCCCCCUCUGUCAUUGCAACAACUAACCUGUAGAUGGAGUCAUCACUCCAAGUCUGAAUCCACAGAGUUUGGGCUUGUAUACUGCAUUUGGAGGGUUUAUCUCUGUGUUAUUUGUGUGUUUGACCCAUAAUAUCCUGAUAUUUCAACCAAAUGAGCAGCUGCACAUAGAAAACCUGUUGAGCUGAGUGCUUGCUGGAGGGAGUAGCACACCAAAGCACACCACAAGCCCCUUAUUGUGUCUCUCUCCAAAUGGAGCAACAUUCACCCACAGUGGAACAAAUAAGGAGCCAGCAAUAACAACCACCUUACACUAUUAUCAUUACUCUACAAUGACUACUGCAGCUAUAGGAUGUCAUGCUCACUGCUGAGCAAGUUUGAUCUUCUGUGUUAACACAGUGAAGCACAUUUGGUAAAUCCACCCUAUAACUUGAGCUUAUUUUUUUGUGGUGCCCCCCCCCCC